CCCUCUACCCGCGCUUCAGAGAGUCCCAAACCCCCUCUUCCUUCCUUCCUUUCUCUCUUCCCCAACUUGCUCUCUCCAACUCGGAAUUGCACCUCAUUCCCAAUCUGGGUCAAUCCCCAAUGCUCACCUCCCCACAUCCUUAACCUCUCUGCCAACUGGGUUCAUCAAAGAAAUGGUUUUCGCCAACUGGGUCGCACUCGGCUUGGUCUAAAAGAGAAUGACAACACCGACUUGCAUGGGUCUUGGGGUCUUGAACUCUUCUGGUUCAUUGCCUCGAUCCAAUCCCAUCAUCGUCGAAUGCCGAUUCCGAUCGAAAUCGGCAUUCGAUUCCUUCUGCAUUGCCUCCGGAGCCUUCUACGACUACGGAAUACGUCGUCGUUCUCUGACGGCGCUUGCUUCUUCUUUUAGUUCAUGAAUUUGUUUGUUUUGGACCAAGCGAAAGUGUAUUUAGUUAAGAAGAGUGUACAUAUAUAUUUACAAGUCCUUGUCUUUCUGGUAGCUGUUGGUUCUUGGCAGGAAAUGAAUUCCGGGUUUGGUUUUGGACCCUCGAAACAGAAUAAUGGAAUGUUUUCGAUGGUGAAGCCUCCCGAAGAUGAGGCCGAGGGUGUAGAGAAGGACCCAACAAAUCGAUAUGUUCGGUACAAUGAAAUCUUGGGCAGGGGAGCCUUCAAGACUGUCUACAAGGCAUUUGAUGAAGUAGAUGGAAUAGAAGUUGCUUGGAACCAAGUGAAGAUUGAUGCUGUUUUGCGUUCACCAGACGAUUUGGCAAAAUUGUACUCUGAAGUCCAUUUGCUGAAAUCACUGAAACAUGAAAAUAUUAUCAAGUUCUAUAAUGCCUGGGUGGAUGAUCAGAGAAAUACUAUUAACAUGAUUACCGAGCUCUUCACAUCUGGAAAUCUAAGGCAAUAUCGUAAGAAGCAUAAAAAUGUUGAUACAAAGGCCAUAAGGAAUUGGGCAAGGCAGAUUCUCCGAGGUUUAGUCUAUCUCCACAGUCAGAACCCGCCUAUUAUUCAUAGGGACUUAAAAUGUGACAAUAUUUUUAUCAAUGGAAACCACGGAGAAGUUAAAAUUGGAGACCUGGGGUUGGCAGCUGUUCUGAAACAGCCUACUGCUCGAAGUGUGAUUGGGACUCCUGAGUUUAUGGCUCCCGAACUGUAUGAUGAGGAAUAUAAUGAACUCAUUGACGUGUAUUCAUUUGGGAUGUGCAUGCUAGAGAUGGUUACUUUUGAGUAUCCAUAUAGUGAAUGCAAAAGUCCUGCUCAAAUAUUUAAGAAGGUUACCUCAGGUGUUAAACCUGCAGCCCUUGGUAAGGUGCAUGACCCCCAAAUUAAAAAGUUCAUUGAGAAAUGUCUGGUUCCAAUGUCUGAGAGAUCUUCUGCAAAGGAGCUGCUUAAAGAUCCAUUCCUUCAAGUUGAGAACCCUAGGGAACCAAUGCGUGAUCCCUUAAAGUUACCUAACCAAAAUCUCAAAGCAUUAAAUUUACCCAAGUCUGGGCCAUUUUCCAUGGACAUAGAUAGUGAUUAUAAGCAGCUCUCAGUAAGCACAUGUACAGGAAGCAACCAUGGAAGUCCACAGGUUUUGGAAUUUCAAAGGAAAAGUAAGAACAAUGAGUUUAGGUUAAGGGGGACAAAAAGUGAUGAUAACUCAGUAUCAUUGACCUUGCGUAUUGCUGAUGCAUGUGGUAAGGUGAAGAAUAUAGAUUUUCUCUUUUACCUUGAUACUGAUACUGCAGUCUCUCUGGCGGCUGAGAUGGUUGAACAUCUGGAAUUAGCAGAUCAUGAUGUGGCCUUCAUUGCUGAAUUUAUUGAUUACUUGAUAAUGAAACUCCUACCUGGUUGGAAGCCAUCAUCUGAUAAUUCCUCAGGUGGACUGACCUAUGGUGGAUCCGAAUGCCUUGAUGGCAAAUCCAUAGUGGCAUGCCCGUGGGGUUCACCGUUAUCUGGUGUUCCUGCUGGUUCAAUGGUUGAUCAAGCUUGUAGCGUCUGGAAUAAUUCUGAUACAAUUAGUUUUAAUGGUGGCAUUUCCUCUUAUCCAAGCUUUACUGAAUUUGCCGAUGGACAUUCAAAUGCAUCAUUCGCUUCUGUGUUUCGGGCUGAUGAUGCUUCCAGCAAUAUUAAUAAAGCAGCUGAAUCUGUUGGUUGCAACAUUGUACAUCCUAGGUAUUCGUUUGUUGAUGACAGAAGCUUGCAAGGAAAUUACACUAGCAAUGCAGGCCAAGUAUUUCCUAUCAAUAUCCCAAAGAACAUAGAGUUGCCAUCACAUGAUCAGAAAGUAUCUAAUGAUAUGAGCUUGUCAAGCAGCUGUUCAUCGGUUUCUUUGGCAGUUGAUCUGGAUGUGGAGCUGAAGUUGGAACUCAAUACUAUUGAGGCACAAUACCAGAACUUGUUUCAAGAGCUUUCUAGGAUGAGGGAGAAAGCAUUGGAAGGGGCCAGAAAGAAAUGGAUAGAAAAGCAGAAACUAACUGUUCACUAAUUAAGACCAUGCUGAACCCUUUAUUUGUAAUGUUUUCCCUUGUUUGAUGAUACUGUUGGUGUUAAUACUGUAUGCUGGUAAUCUAUAUAAGGGUUGACAUAAUGUUGCCCUAUGUACUGGAUGCGGCUCAAGUUUUCUGAAGUCGUGAUCUUUCUAUGGCCCUAGUUUUGUGCCCAUUUUCCUGUUUGCUUUUGUUUGUUGAGUGUAAAUAUCUUCCCGAAUCUGUUGAUUAUGCA